AUGGCGUCCAAUUUAAAUCAAGAUGAAUUGCCUGGACUAUCUGAUGUUAUUAGUGCUGACCCAGAGGUAAGACCUUCAGAAAUAAAUUUUGAUGCCAUUAAGCUUGAUCUCUCACAUAAAUUUUCCUUAGUUGCUUCGAACAAUGAGACAAGCAGUUUGGAACCCACAGAUUAUCUCCAAGUUUAUCUUCGGGUGAGACCAUUCACACAAUCAGAAAAAGAACAAGAGACUCAGGGUUGUGUUUAUAGUUUAGACUCCCAGACUAUUAUGCUGAAAGAUCCUUAAAGCAUCCCUGAUAGGUUAAGUGAGAAAAGUUCUACGCAGAUGGCACAGAAAUUCAGUUUCUCUAAGGUUUUUGGCCCAGAAACUACACAGAAGGAAUUCUUCUGAGAUUGUACUCUGCAGCAAAUAAAAGACCUCUUGAAAGGAGAAAGUCGGCUGAUUUUUACUUAUGGGCUAACAAAUUCUGGAAAAACAUAUACUUUUCAGGGCACGAAAGAGAAUGUUGGCAUCCUGCCUCGGACUUUGAAUGUACUAUUUGACACUCUUCAGGGAAGACUAUAUACGAAAAUGAAUCUUAAACCACACAGAGCCAGAGAAUAUUUACAAUUGUCACCAGAUCAAGAGAAAGAAGUUACUAGCAAAAGUGCAUUGCUUCGGCAAACUAAAGAGGCUGCUAUGCAUCAUGACAGUUAUGAUGCUCUUCAUGGGAGUUCGACGAACUCUUUGAGUACUUCAGAGUUUGAAGAAUUUAUGAAAGAUUGUGAACAGUCCUGCUUGAACAUGGAUGAUAGCAUAAAGUUUUCUAUUUGGAUUUCUUUCUUUGAGAUUUACAAUGAAUGUAUUUAUGACUUGUUUGUUCCUGUAUCUUCUAAGCUCCUAAAGAGAAAUAUGCUAUGCCUUUCUCAGGAUGUAAAGGGCUAUUCUUUUAUAAAAGAUCUACAUUGGAUUCAAGUGUGUGAUUCCAAAGAAGCAUACAAACUUUUAAAACCAGGAAUAAAGAAUCGGAGUGUUGCCUUUACUAAACUGAACAGUGCUUCAAGUAGAAGUCACAGCAUAUUUACUAUACGAAUAUUGAAGAUCAAAGAUUCUGAGAUGCCUCAUGUAACACAAGUCAGUGAACUGUCAUUGUGUGAUCUUGCUGGUUCAAAAAGAAGCAUGAAGACACAAAAUGAAGGUGAAAGUUUAAGAGAAACUGGGAACAUCAACACUUCUUUAUUGGCUCUGGGAAAGUGUAUUAAUGUUUUGAAAAAUAGUGAAAAGUCAAAGUUUCAACACGUGCCUUUUAGGGAAAGUAAACUGACUCACUAUUUUCAAAGCUUUUUUAAUGGUAAAGGGAAAAUAUCUCUGAUUGUCAACAUCAGUCAGUGCUGUUUUGCCUAUGAUGAAACACUCAAUGUGUUGACGUUCUGAGCCAUUGCACAAAAGGUUUGUGUUCCAGAGUCUUUAAAUUCCUCUCAAGAGAAAUCUUUUGGAUCUAUCAGAUCUUCUCAAGAUGUAUCACUAGACAUUAAUAAUUCAGAAAAUACAGUAUUAAAUGUAAAAAGAUCCACUAUUGCAUGGGAUCUUCUAGAUGAAGAUUUGGUUGAAGAUCUAGAAAAAAAUGAAGAAAAGCCAAGUAUGGAAACUGAACUAACUGAUGACGAUCUAGAUAAAACAGUAGAGGAAGCCAAUAUAAAAAUAAAAGUAUCUGUAAUGCAUGAUGAAGAGAAAUUAAUGAGGGUUAAAAUUAAUGAACUGGAGAAAAAGAAAAACCAGGGUUCCCAGGAAAUAGAUAUGAAACAGCGAACCAUUCAGCAACUUACGGAGCAGUUAAAUAACCAAAAAGCAGAAGAAGCUAUUCAACAGUACGAGAAAGUAUGCAGAGAAUUGGAGAAAUUGAAAGAAAGGUACAAAGAUCUGGAAACCAAAAAAGAUCAAAGGUCAAAUAAAGAACUUAAGGAUAAUGAAGAUUCAUUUAGUAAAAAGCUCAGUAAGCUUCAAGAUGAGUUACAGGAAUAUGAGCAGAAAUAUAAAGCUGAUAGAGAGAAAUGGUUGGAAGAAAAAAUGAUGCUAAUCACUCAAGCAAGAGAAGCUGAGAAUCUAAGAAACAAGGAAAUGAAAAAAUUUGUUGAAGACAGAGAACGUUGUUUAAAGCAAGUGUGCUUACACGCAGUUGGUUAUGGCACACUGGAGAUCGCAGACUUUGUUGUGGUGCCAAGGAUCACAAACUGCAGUGCUGCUGGGAUUACGCUCAGCAGCAUGGGGGAAAUGCUUACGGCACAGCUGACAGAGAAAGAUAGUAACCUUCAGAAGUGGCGAGAAGAACGUGAUCAGCAGGUUUCAGCAUUGGAAAUACAACUCAAAGCUCUUGCCUCCAGUAACAUACAUAAAGACAAAGAAAUUGAACAGUUGAAGAAGAGCGCCAUAGAAAAUUCUAAAACAGCAGAGAGCUCAGAAAUGGAAUGCACAGAGCCUGGCAGAGAUUCUGGCAGAGCUGACCCCCAGUCAACAAGUUUUGAAGUUUGUAGCAAUGAAGUCGAGGAUGGAUCUGGCGUCAUUGACUCUUGUGAAGUGUCAACAGAAAAUAAUCCAACAACUCGAUUUUCAAAACCCGAGUUAGAGAUUCAGUUUACCCCCUUACGGCCAAACGUAAUGGCAGUGAAACACCCCGGCUGCUCCUCACCAGUGACAGUUAGGAUUCCCAAGGCCCAGAAGAGGAAAAGUAGUGAAAUAGAGGAGAAUUUGGUGAAAUGUGAAAAUAAGAAGAAUGCUACACCCAAAACCAAUCCGAAAUCCCCUUUUCCAGAGUGCAGAAAUUCUCCCAAAAAGGAACAACAGGUUUGUCUUUUGAUUUCAUCUAAGAAAACUUAUUCUUUACAAAUUCAAGCCUACAAUGUUAGUAUUAGCUUGACUACUAAGGAGAAAGAAGAAACGUUACAGAAAUUUGGAGACUUCUUACAACAUUCACUAGCAAUUCUCCAGUCAAAAGCAAAGAAGAUAAUUGAAACAAUGAGUUCUUCAAAGCCCUCAACUGUAGAAGCAAGUAAAGAAAAUGAGUCUCGACCGAAAUGGAAAUUGCACACACAUGAAAUUAAAUCUCCUGUUGAUAUAUCUGUCCAAGUGAUUGUGAUGAACCGGAAAAUGAUCGUGAGAUUCUUAAUCGAUGACUUCGAGCUAAAAUAG